AUGGAGCUUUCUGGGUUUGGGACACUAUUAUUGGUUUUUGUGCUUUCGUUCCUGGUAAUCAUGUGGGUCAGAACAAAAGGACAACAACCCAAGUUUCCCCCAGGACCUACUCCUCUACCUCUCUUGGGGAAUAUUCUGCAAAUAGAUUUCAAGAACAUUGUAGAAGAGUUUGUUCAGCUUGGAUUGAAGUAUGGACCGGUCUCCAUGGCAUAUUUAGGGCCUAAGAAGAUGGUGAUAUUGAAUGGCUAUGAUGUGGUAAGAGAAGCUUUCCAGGAGAAAGGUGAAGUAUUCAGUGACCGACCAAGACUUGCCAUUCCAGAGAUGGUUUUCAAAGAUCAUGGGUUGAUCUUCACUAAUGGCGAGAGGUGGAAACAAAUGAGAAGAUUCACCUUAAGUACUUUAAGAAAUUUUGGAAUGGGAAAAAGAAGUUUGGAAGAACGGGUACAGCAGGAAGCACAGUGUUUAGGACAAGAGUUGCAGAGGAGAACUGGAACAUUCUUUGAUCCCACCUUGUUAUUCAGUUUGGCUGUGUCCAAUGUUGUCUGCUCCAUCGUUUUUGAAGAGCGUUAUGAUUAUGAAGAUAAGGAUUUUUUAGAUAUGCUUGUUCUUAUGAAGGAGACUUUCCAAAUGAUUACCUCACCAUGGGCUCAGAUGUUUGAUUUAGCUCCAAACUUGUUAAAGCACUUACCUGGCCCACAAAACAAACUUUUCAAAAACUUUGACAAACUGAGAAAGUAUGUUAUGGAGAAAAUAAAGGCACACGAGGAAACUCUGGAUGAGAACUGUCCAAGAGAUUAUAUCGAUUGUUUUCUCAUAAGAAUGAGUCAGGAAAAAGACAAUCAAAUUACAGAAUUUAACUAUGAAAAUCUCAUUGCCAAUCUUAUACACCUGUUUUUGGCUGGGACAGAAACCACCAGCACCUCAUUGAGAUAUUCGAUCAUCAUUCUGCUAAAAUACCCAAACAUUGCAAAGAAAAUGCAGGAGGAGAUUGACCAUAUCACUGGAAAUAAUCGAUGCCCUUCAGUUGAGGAUCGCAUAAAAAUGCCAUUUACAGAUGCAGUGAUUCAUGAGAUCCAGAGGUUUGCAGACAUCACACCGUUAGGAGUACCUCGAGCAACCAGCCAGGACACAGUUUUCAGAGGAUACCAUAUACCAAAGGGUGUUACUGUGUUUCCCAUGAUAACCUCUGUUUUAAAGGAUUCAACAUAUUUUAAGGAUCCAGAGGUAUUUGAUCCAGCACAUUUCUUAGAUGAGCAAAGCAACCUUAAGAAAACUGAAGCAUUCAUCCCAUUUUCAAUAGGGAAACGGGCUUGUCCUGGUGAGGGACUUGCACGUAUGGAAAUUUUCCUGUUCCUCACAUACCUUCUACAGAAGUUUAACCUGAAAUGUGACAAGGACCCUGAAGACAUUGAUCUUUCUCCUAUUCCAAACAGUGGUGCUUUUGCACCACGACCAUAUCAGAUCUCUGUGACUUUACGGUAACCACCAUCCAGAUGACCGUGACAUGAAGAAUGUAUCUUAAUAUCAAGUUAUAUGAAUAAAUGUACUUGUAUUGAAAUUACAUGUAAAAACAUCAAUAUGAGACAUUACUGAAAAUUUUUAUAUAUCAUGUCUUGAAUUACAAAGAGGCAAACAUUAAAUGAGUAUAAAUUGGUGCCAA